UUGGUGGAGCGCUAUCCUGGUUACCAACCAACACAACACACUGGGCACAUGAGAAAACACAGAAAAACGCGUAAAUUUCCAAGCUUAUGGCAAACAAAAUACAAUUUAACGAUGGCAGUAACCUUCAUCUCUGUCCCUCUGCAGCGGUAAACAGACAAAACGCAGAUGUCGAUUAUAUUUCUUGAAGAUGUGGGGUAGGGUUAUGUGAACAGCAUCCUCUGCGGCCACAUAAUGGAUAAAGAGGAGAGUAAGGCGUGCCAAGGAGAGAAGCUCGCCUCUGCUGUGGAUGACACUCUGGAUGAAUAUUUAAUCGCCCUCCAGCGCAAAAACAGGAUCCUUAAGCGCCUUAAAGUCAAAGACCCCAGGGAGAUUGAGUUGGAGCAGCUAGAGCAAGGCUUUUCCAUUUAUCUUAACGGAGCCAAUGCUGAAGCCGGCAGGAAGCAUCCCAAGAGCACCAACCACAAGUCUGUCACCUCCCCACCUGCUUGGAGGCCUGCACGCACAGCAGAUGUCUGUAGAAGCGCCCACCAGCUAACUGAAGAUAGCCGUAAUCUGGAGCAGACCAGCAGGCAGAGGAGCCACACUGCCCCAGGAAAGGUCCAGAGGAAAGAAUGGGUGCAGGAUUCUGUCAGAAUUCGGACAGAAGAGGGACCAAGUUUGCGGAUAUCCCCAGAAAAGCGCUACACUGAGGAUUUUGAGCCCUAUGAAAGUGUAGACAUGGAGAACUCCAGUCCGCGCUCGCCUCGUAGUCCCUGCUCCCCGAGGGACACCUGCAAGGUUUCGCGCUCCUUCAGCUCCAGGCCUGAGAGCCAAGGAGGACAAGCAAAUCAGGAGCACAGCGAGAAGGUGCUUCUCAACCUUGAGGAAGUGAAGGUUUUGCGUCGGAGCCUGGAGGUUAGCAUGUGGCGGAGCAGCCGUGGCUCAGCGGGGGAGGAGUCAGACGAGGAGUGGGUGGAGGAGCAGAUUGAGAGGGACGAGAGCACUGAGAGUCUGGACGAACUGGGGUUGCCUCUCUCUUCCUCCAAGUCCUCCUCCAACCCUCGGCCCAGCUCUUCCCAUAGCCAUUUCGACUCAGCAAACCUCAUAGUCCUGGACUUUGGACCCUCACCUAAAGGUCGCAAGAUUGAACGCUCUCUAUCUGCAAAAAGGAAAGACAGCAUUGACACCUUCAUACCCACCAAGCCUAUGUUGGUGAAGAGCAAAACAUUGGAUAGGCCACCUUCAAAAGAGAGCUGGGAUGGUCAGAGGCCAAGGAGUCGGGUGGAGAGGCCCCUGUCAGCGGCCAGGAAGACGUCCUUUGAGAAUCAAGACCCAGAGGAAAUGGCGUGUGGGGUGCGCCAGGCCAUCCAGAGAGAAAACAACCCCGUGCAGAGUCCUGAGCCCUUCAGUCGCAACAUGGGCAGGGGACACCAGAUGAUGAAUGGCUUAGUUCAUCACAACACCCACGACAAGGAUGAGAACGGUGUCACUUUGGCCAUGCAGAGAAUCACGCUUAUGGGCCCCAGGCAGCAACAGAAACUGCUGAAAGCCUUGGAGAAACUGGAAGGUGGACCCAGCUACAACAUCCCUCAGAGUGUCAAAACAGAUUACAGCAAACAGCUGAGAAGGCAGCCCUCAGAGGUCACCCCUGCAUGGUAUGUUACCAUGGAGAUCCUGUCAAACUGGGGGAAUGCUCUGCAGGUCGGGCUGACGGAGUUGCAGUUUUUCUGCCUCAGAAACAAGAAGCUGUAUGUUUCACCUCAUGACCUGGACAUCAGGAACGCUGACUACCCUGGGAAUCUGGGGGCACUUGUCAAUGGAAAGGUGAAGACCACCAAAGAGCGUCACAUGUGGACGUGUCCGUUCCACCCUCCCAUCCAGCUCUACUUCAUCAUCAGGAACACGGAGCGCUCGGCAGACUUUGGAAUAUCCCGCAUCAAAAUCUGGAACUACAACAGAAGCCUCAGUGAGCUUGACGUCGGUGCACGGCAUAUAAAGCUGUACCUGAACAGCACAUUGGUGUUUGAAGGUGAGCUGGAGAAGGGCUGUGGCAACCAGGUGUUUGACUACAGCACCACCAUUGAUCUCCAGGAUUUCCAGGUCUCAGACUCCUUGUAUUCCAGCCCUGUGUCUUCAGGACACAAUCUUCGAGGUGCCAGCCCCCAGCGCUAUGAUGAUAGGAAGGGUGGGGAGGGCACCCAGACACACCACAGUUCAAAUCCGCAGCCAUCAGAUGCAGCAGACCAAGCAAUGACAGACAUGCAGGAGAAAUCGCACACACCGCUUCCACCCAUCGCUCCUUCAGCAGCGGGGGUUUCAUCCUCUGCCCGUCGCUCCUCCUCGCAAAGAAACUCUUUUGACCUGUCUGCCUCAGAAGAGCCCCUCUCUCUCAGGCAACAGGUGGAGCAGCCAGCACCCAUGGAGCAGACAGUCACCACCCAGCCGUCCUCCUCCCGGGUGGCCCCCCAGUGGCUGCAGCCCCUGAACAGAGGAGCUCCGGAGGGUUGCGAGACCAGCAGGGAGAGGCCGCGGUGGCUGGUGCCUCAGCACUCUGGAGAGCCCAAAUCUCAAUCAGCCUCAACCUCUUCAAUGCUCCCGGAGUUGCCGUGUAACCCGGGUCGGGUGUGCAGGGGAGUGGAGAGGACGGUAAAUGGGAGUCAGUGGAAGGCUGAUUCUUUGGAUAUGAGCUGCGACCUGCUGGAGGAGCUUGGAGAGCAAAAGCUCGACAGGCCCAUCAGUGGACGCAGGAGCUCGUUCCGAAACACUGUGGUCACCACCAGGCAGACAGAAGAGCAACACCUACGAGCUACUGCACUGUCAAACACAGAGGAGCCGUUGUCAUUGGUAAACACCAGCAGGAGGCAGGGCACCCUUCGAGCCCAGCUGCACAGCCAGCAGGACGACACCCUCAUGGAAUCCUGGGACUCCCUCACUAAGUUUAACCAAUGCCAACGUGGACGCAUUUCAAACACUGGCUUUGAAGGUGACAUCUUUGAUGAGUUCCUCCAGCGCCAGGGCCGUGGUCCUCCCACAGUCCCAGUCAACCCCUCCUCAGCACCCAGGAGCCCACUUUCCUCCUUGACCUCUCAGGGGGCACUGUGCGAAGGCCCCGAUGAUGAUUCGUCCAUGGAGCGGGAGGAAGAGUUUGAGAUCCCAGUGCUACCCCAGGGCCAGAGGCUGGUCAUCAACAUCCUGUCCACCUGGGGCGAUCGCCACUAUGUGGGUCUCAACAGCCUGGAGGUUUUCAGCUCCAGUGGAGAACCCCUCCGACCUGCUCACAUCCGUGCUGACCCUCCAGACAUCAACAUUUUGCCAGCUUAUGGCAAGGAUCCACGUGUGGUCACCAACUUGAUCGAUGGUGUUAAUCGCACACAGGACGACAUGCACGUUUGGCUGGCCCCGUUCACCCCUGGUCGGAGCCACACCAUCUUCUUGGACUUUGGAGCUCCCUACCAGGUUGCCAUGAUCCGAGUGUGGAACUACAACAAGUCACGUAUCCACUCUUUUCGAGGGGUGAAGGAGGUGGAAAUGCUGCUGGAUGGAAGGUGCAUCUUCAGAGGCGAGAUUGCAAAGGCUUCUGGGACACUAUCUGGAGGGCUGGACCAGUUUGGCGACACUAUCCUGUUCACUACUGAUGAUGAGAUCCUGGAGGCUAUGUCUCGAUAUGAUGAAACCUUCCUUAGUGAAGGUGAGGGUCCAGAGAAUCUGGUAUCCGAGGAAGAGCUGCAGAGACCACGCACCGCAGAUGGAGAAGGAGAGGAAAGACCUUUCACACAGGCUGGUUUCCGAGAGGAGGACCUCACUUUGAAACUUCACCUCAACCCCACUGUGAGCCAGUCUGAGGAGGACAUGGGGCAUAUUCCUGGGAUGUACACUGGAAUGUGCCUUCGACUAGAGCUGGUGUUAACGUGGGGUGACUCCCACUACAUGGGCCUGACAGGUUUGGAGGUGGUGGGGAAGGAUGGAGAGAGUUUACCUUUGGACCUCAGUAUCAUGGCUGCCUCACCCAGAGACCUCAACGACCUGCCUGACUAUGGACAUGAUUUGCGCACCCUUGAUAAGCUUAUAGACGGCCACAACAUUACCACUGAUGACCAGCACAUGUGGCUGAUCCCUUUCUGCUAUGGAGAGCCCCACACCUUGAACAUUACCUUCAACGAGCCCCAGACCAUCGCUGGACUCCGUAUCUGGAACUACAACAAGUCCCCUGAGGACUCUUACAGAGGGGUGAAGGUGAUCCAUGUGUUCAUGGAUGAUGUUGCCAUCUCCCCAACGGAGGGAUUCCUGAUCAGGAAAGGACUGGGAAACUGUCACUUUGACUUUGCCCAGGAGAUCCUCUUUGUAGACUUUGUCCAGACGCCCACCGACAACAAGACUGCUGAAGAUUACACCCACAAAGGAAGCUCUAAGAAACAAGAACAGGCCAGCAUGGACUAUGAAGCUCCCAUCAUGCCUUGUGGAUUCAUUUUUCAGCUGCAGCUGUUAACAACAUGGGGGGACCCUUAUUACAUCGGCCUGAACGGCCUGGAGUUUUACGACCAGAAUCAUGAGAAGAUCAGUCUCAGUGACAACAACAUCGCUGCUUUUCCAGACAGCGUGAAUGUACUGGACAAUGUGAGUGGUGAUGUGAGGACUCCAGAUAAAUUAAUAGAUGGAGUCAACAGUACCCAUGACGGAAGACAUAUGUGGCUAGCACCGGUGCUCCCUGGACUGGUGAACCGUGUGUACGUCAUCUUCGAUCACCCGGUGACCGUGUCCAUGAUCAAAUUGUGGAACUACUCCAAGACAUCACAGAGAGGAGUAAAGGAGUUUGGGCUGCUGGUGGAUGACCUCUUGGUGUACAACGGCAUCUUGGACAGCGUGAGCCACGUGGCGCGAGGCAUUCUGCCUAACUGUGAUCCAGUGGUGCCUUACCACACCAUCCUCUUCACAGACAACGCAUACAUUGCACACCGUGAGAGGAACACAGUCAUCAGCCCCCGUGGCAGCAGACACCACCAACAUAAUUACGUGGAGGAUCAGGAUGUGAAGAUGACCAACGAGAAUCAGAUAGUCCAUCACAACAAGAAGAAGCAGACGGCAGAUCCAGCUCUUCGGCCUAAAACUUGCAUGACUGAUGGUGGGAAACAUGGAAAGAGGAGGUACUGACAGACUGACGAACAGACAGACAUGAAUUCAGUGCUCAUACAAAGAGAUCAGAACUGAAAAGGAGGAACUAUUGCUGUUUCAUCACAUGUUCUGGUGGGUUACCUUUGAAAACCUCCCUUAAGUUGAAGACCCAAAACAGCCAUGUUUAGCAAUGGUAGCCUGGUGGUGAAAUGCUUGACAGCAGCUCUCACAGUCCACACUGAAGAGGACGGAGUUUGCACAAUGGGUUUGCACACACACACACAAACACACACAGGAUUCCACUUUAUGGUUGGAUAACUCCCCUUUCCCUUUGCUGUGAAAACACACCCACAGAUACAUGUUAUCCUGAACACGUACUGUAUAGUUGUCCCUCCCACAGUGCCAGGAUAAACCUGUGAGGCUGCAUUCUGUCAGCCCUGUUAUUGUGCCUAGUAACUAAACACUAUAUCUGUGGCUGCUACUUGUGACUUUUGUGCUGCAUAUUUAAAUGCUGCUUGUGGCGUGUAAAUAGUCAAAAAGCUCUUAAGGCCACACGGAUACACUCUCACAUCAGGAUGUGGCCGACGCUACAUUUAUUAAUGAAUUUUAUCCACUGAUGAGCCUAGUCACUCAGCUCUUUGCCUAAUUGGUACGAGAGCUGACUAACACACCCGCCAGUGUACCAACAAAUCGUAAUGCUAUGCAGACACUAAUUUAUAUAUAUCAAUACUUUAUAUCUGUUGGCUAAUAUAGUAUAUUUCAAAGCCAAAUGCUUUUACUUUGGGGAAGUUCUUCCAGAGAGGGUUUCAGCUUUGGAAGAUUUAUAUUGAUGGCUAAAGUGUAACACUUGUAGUUGAAAGUACAGUGGUCAGAUUUUGUAUGUUUCAAUUUGAAUAAAAUGAAAAGUGAAGCUUUA